AUGCGACGAGCCCUCGUGGGUGUUCUCCUUCUUCUUUCAUUGGCAUAUGCCGAAGAAGCCGAACCGACGGCCGAGCCACCAGCUGAACCGGCCGAACCCGUCGGAGAUGCGGAAGUGCUGACAGAAAAAAACUUUGAUGCCUUCAUCACAAAUAAUGAAAUGGUUCUCGUUAAAUUCUACGCCCCAUGGUGUGGGCAUUGCAAGAAAAUGGCACCAGAUUUUGAGAAGGCCGCCGCGACGUUGAAGACGAAAGGCAUCCGACUUGGAAAAGUUGAUGCUACGAUCGAAAAGGAGCUGGGCAAAAGCUAUGGAGUUGAGGGCUAUCCCACUCUGAUGGUCUUCCGAAAUGCGAAACGAUCGCCUUAUUCGGGACCUAGAGAUGCUGCUGGACUCGUCAAUCACAUGCUCAAACUCGCCGAACCGGCCGCGAAAAAGAUUGAUAGCCUCAAGGAUUGGGAGAAAUUCGUCAGCAAGAUGGAUACCACCAUUCUCGGCUUCUACAAAACCGCCGACGGUCCGAACACGUUCGUCGAGACUGCCGAGAAACUGCGUGAUAUCUUCAGCCUGGGCUACACCAGCAACGCCGAGCUGUUCAAGAAGUAUGACGCCAAGGAGGGAGACAUUAUCAUCUUCUAUCCAGCCGUUUUCCAUUCGAAGUUUGAGCCGAAGAGCCGCACAUUCAACAAGGCCGGCGCAACCGUCGAGGAGAUGAUCCAAUUCCUGAAAGAUCAUUCGACACCUCUCGUUGGAAAGUUGACCAAGGAUAACCAUGCAACCAGGUAUACCAAACUGCCUCUUGUUGUCGUUUACUACAACGCUGAUUUCUCCGCCCAAUAUCGCGAGGGUAGCGAAUAUUGGAGGCAGAAGGUGUUGCACAUCGCCAACAAGUACCAAAAGGACAAGUACAACUUUGCCGUGGCUGACGAAGAAGAAAUGGCCACUGAACUGGCCCAAGUCGGCCUCGGAGAUUCUGGUCUUGAACACAAUGUGAUCGCCUUCGGAUAUGAUGGCAAGAAAUACCCGAUGGACCCUGAGGCCUUUGAUGGCGAACUUGAUGAAAACCUCGAGAACUUUAUGAAGAAGCUCAGCCAGGGUCAAAUCAAGCCUUACGUGAAGUCGGCUCCGAUUCCGAAGAACGAUAAGGGAGAUGUGAAGACGCUGGUUGGCGCCAACUUCAACAAGGUCAUUGAUGGCACGAAGGAUGCUUUGAUUGAAUUCUACGCACCGUGGUGUGGGCAUUGCAAGAACUUCGAGCCAAAAUACGAUGAAUUGGCAAAGGCCCUCAAGAAAACCGAGCCGAACCUCGUGCUCACCAAAAUGGAUGCCACCGCCAAUGAUCCGCCAGCCGAAUACAAGGUCGAAGGAUUCCCAACGAUCAUGUUUUUGCCUGCUGGAGAAAAGACACCAAUACAAUACCGCGGCAACCGAGACCUCGAAGAUCUGAAGAAAUUCAUGGCCAAGCACGCAAAGAAGUCCUUCAAGAAGACUGAACUC